AGAUACACCUGUUUGGUGCCUGUACCUGUAUGCUUCUUUAAGGCAUACUAAGAAAUAUAAAGCGUCUUUUGUGACCAAUAUUGCUUAAAACAUAUAAAAUAGCUUCUCAUUUAUCAAUAAAAAAUAUACUAUUUAAUUGCACACUUCUAAACGCUAAACUUUGACAAAAUAAAAAAAACUUAUCGGUUUAUCAAUCAUUUAAUUUUGUUACUUAGCAACGGAACAUCAUCAAUGUAAACUUUGACAACACUAAAAUAGAAGAAGAUAUAAACCUAUUUUAAAGAUCACUAAUCAAAAUGAGGUCCGUUCCAACUUGGGCCGAUAAAAUUCAAGACGCCGAAAAGCAAGAACAAUGCAUUUAUGACUUGUGUUUCAAUCCAAAUGGCUUACAACUGAUUGUAGCAAGUGGAAACAGAGUUUUAGUUUAUGAUACAACUGAUGGAACACUUAUCCAAGCUCUGAAAGGCCACAAAGAUACAGUUUACUGCGUCAACUACGCCAAAAAUGGCCAGAAAUUUGCUAGUGGCAGUGCUGACAAGACCGUAAUUAUAUGGUCAAGCAAACUAGAAGGAUUAUUAAAGUAUAGCCACAGUGAUGCAAUACAAUGUUUGUCCUACAAUCCCUUAUCAAAUCAAUUAGCUUCAUGUGCAAUCACCGACUUUGCUUUUUGGAGUGCCGAGCAGAAAUCAGUACAGAAACAUAAGAUUAAUUCAAGGAUUAAUGCUUGCUCUUGGACCAAUGAUGGACAAUACUUGGCUUUAGCUUUGGGGAACGGUGCUAUUUCAAUUAGGAAUAAAUUAGGUGAGGAAAAAGGACGAUUUGAACGCCCAAACUCCCCAUCAAUAUGGGCAAUAUCUUGGAGCAUUGCCCCAGACGAACAAGACACACUCUGUGUAACAGACUGGAACAAAUCCCUAUCAUUCUACACACUCGGCGGAAAACUAAUCGGCAAAGAUCGCAACAUCGGCUUUGAUGCCCUCAAAGUAAAAUAUUUCUCAAAGGGAGAAUUCAUCAUGAUCUGCGGCAGUAAUAAAGCCUGUAAUAUGUAUACAAAAGACGGAAUAAAACUAGGAACCAUCGGUGAUCAACAAUCAUCAUGGGUAUGGUGUUGUGCAGUCCACCCAGAUGAAAACUUCAUGGUUGUAGGAUGUCAAGAUGGAACAAUUGCAUACUACCAGCUUGUUUUCAACACCGUUCAUGGUCUAUACAAAGAACGUUAUGCAUUCCGAGAAAAUAUGACGGAUGUUAUAAUUCAACACCUGAUAACCGAGCAAAAAGUACGAAUCAAAUGUCGUGAUUUGAUCAAAAAGAUCGCAAUAUACAAACAUCGUUUAGCAGUUCAACUACCCGAACGUGUUAUAAUCUAUGAAUUAUAUUCUAAUGAUUCUAACGAUAUGCAUUAUAGAGUCAAAGAGAAAAUUACACAGAAGUUAGAUUGUAGUUUAUUAGUAAUCUGUGGGGAACAUUUGGUUGUUUGUCAAGAAAGAACUCUUCAAAGUAUGACAUUCCAAGGAGUACAGGAACGUGAAUGGUUACUGGAAAGCCCAAUCAGAUACAUAAAAAUCAUAGGAGGUCCACCAAAACAAGAAGGAUUAAUUUUAGGUCUAAAAAACGGCCAAGUUUGGGAAGUACAUCUUGAUAAUCCAUUCCCUAUACUCAAAGUACGAGUUCCAAGUUCAGUGCGUUGCUUAGACUUAAGUCAAAGAAAACAAAAACUCGCGGUUGUGGAUGAGACAGGUUUAUGUCAAGUAUUUUCAACUAAAGAUGGAGAAUUACAAUAUCAAGAACCAAAUACAAAUAGCAUUGCUUGGAAUACUCAGUAUGAAGAUAUGUUGGCUUUAAGUGGGCCAAAUGUUCUCUCAAUCAAAAUAGAAAACUUUCCAGCUCACAAACAGAAAUUAACAGGCUUUGUUGUUGGUCUUAGCGGGUCAAAAGUGUUCUGUCUUAGUGAGAAUACAAUGACAACUCUUGAUUUACCCUUGAGUGGACCUAUGUAUCAAUAUAUCGAGAAUAAAAUGUUUGCGGAAGCGCACAGAGUCGCUUGUUUGGGCGUAACCGAAGGCGAUUGGGAAGAAUUAGCACAUUCUGCCUUGGAGAAUUUAAAUUUUGAAAUUGCGCGAUUGGCGUUUGUGAAAUUACAAGAUUACGGUUAUUUGGAACUAAUAAGAGAUCUUCAGGAUAGACAACGUAAAGGAGAUAAUAAUCACGAUGUUAUGAUUGGAGAUAUUUUAGCUUACAAGGGAAAGUUUAAGGAAGCCGCCAGAUUGUAUCAGAAAGCUGGGCAAGAACACAAAGCUCUCACAAUGUAUACUGAUAUGAGAAUGUUUGAUCAAGCUCAGGAUUAUCUGGGUUCCAAUGAUAAUACUACUUUGAUUCGUCAGAAAGCUGAUUGGGCAAAGAAUAUUAACGAGUUUAAAGCUGCAGUGGAUAUGUACUUGUCCAUUGGAGAUACUAAAGCAGCGAUUGAUAUUUUAGGAGAACAAGGAUCUGCUGACCAAUUGGUUGAAGUUGGACGCAAAUUGGAUAAAGCCGAACGUGGUCCAUUGAUAGAAAUCGCUGAGCAUUUGAAGAGGCUGGAUAAAUCAAAUGCAGCAGCGGAAAUUUACAAACGCUUGGGUGAUUCGGCUGCAGUGUUAUCUUUGCAUGUGAAUGCUAUGGAAUGGGCGCAGGCCUUCAGUAUUGUGCAAACUCAACCACAACAUAAAGAACUGGUUUAUGUACCGUAUGCUCAUUGGUUGGCAGAGAAUGAUAAAUUUGUUCAAGCUCAAAGAGCAUUUCAUAAAGCUGGGCGCUUAGAUGAAGCGUUCCAUGUUUUACAACAAUUAACAAGAAAUGCUGUGGAUGAAUGUCGAUAUCAUGAUGCAGGGUAUUACUAUUGGGUUUUGGGGCAACAAUGUUUAGAAUUAACCAGAGAAAAUGAUGAAAUGCUACCAAAAAUGUUGCCGAAGUACAGAGAAAAUGAAAGACUUGCCGGUAUAUUCUACGCGUAUCAUUCCCUACAUCGUUAUCUAGAAGAACCCUUUACUUCUUUUAUGCCGGAAGCUUUAUUCAACAUUUCAAGAUUCCUCAUGACUGAAAUCACAGAAAAUCGCCCGAAAGGAAUUUCUCUAUUUAACGUCUUAUACUGCUUGUCAAAACAAGCAAAGAAACUGGGAGCAAAUAAAUUCACCAAACAAAUACUGGAUAAGCUCCAAUCGUUAAAAAUACCAGCAAAGUUUCAAGAAGAAGUUGAGCUUGCAACAAUCUCAGCCCGCGCACGUUCCUACAGCGACCCGGAAGAUCUGCUUCCGAUGUGUUAUAGAUGUUCGACUUACAACCCGUUGUUAGCCACAAGCAAUCGCUGUGUUAAUUGUGGGCAAAAGUUUGUUCACUCGUAUGUGAGUUUCGAAAUAUUGCCGUUAGUUGAGUUUCAUUUGGAGGACUCAAUUACGGAUAUUGAAGCUGUUCGCUUGAUAGAAACACCGCCUGGUGAUAAAGAUCACAAUAUGAAGGAUGAGUGGCGACAAGAGAUUAAUGAAAACGCAGAAACUUUGCAGUUGGAUGCCGAUUAUGAAGAACCCAAAGAUCCGUUUACUACCAGAAUGAGUUUUGAUGAUGAAAGUAAUAAGGAAAUUGCAACUGCAACCCUAAACCGAGCGGGACUUCUUGCGUUAGACAGUUCUGCGGUGUUAAUUUGCAAACAUCCACCACCAUUAAGAUAUCAGUUUUAUAGAAAUUUGUUGCCAGAUUUGCAGAUUAGACUGUGUGAUUACUGUUUUAAGGCUUUCCAUGUUGAUGAUUUUGAACUUCAACUCUUACAAAAAGGACAUUGCCCGUUCUGCCGUUCAUCAUCAGAAACCCAAAAUAUUAUAGAUGAUGAAUAUUUAACGUUCUAAGUUAUAUUUUAUAUAUUUGUGCACUUUAAUUUACUUAUUUAUUGUUAAAAUCGUAAAAUAGAGAAUUUUCACUCCGAAA